AUGGAGCUGGUGUCAACAUUCUCCUUUGGUGAUUCGGUGUCAAAGGACCUUGAAAAGGAAGCUAUCACUUUACUUAUGCGUUAUGUUAUCGGUCAUCAAUCAACUCAGACCAAGGAUUUCUCUCCAUUCCCUGAUUAUGCUAUUGACCCCACCCCUGUGGUGCGUUCAUUUCUUCUUCAGCAGCUAUUGUGCUCAAGUGUGAAGUUGACAAAGUUGGUGAAAGACCAUCUGGGAGAUUUCUUGCAUGGGGCUCGGAACUUAAAACCAGAACCUUCGCACGUCAAAGAAGUCUGCUUCUUAUGCGUGCAGUGCAUGGAGGACAUCCUUAUCAGCCGUUAUCAAGCCAAAGUGACCGAUUCGAAGAUAACAUUCCAGCUCAAACAUGCUAAAAAGACUUGCGAGGAGUCAUUUACAGCUCUUAGGGCCAGUGACGAGGAUUCUGCUGAAAUGAGUGCUCUUUCUCUGGAUGGGGUUGCCAAAGGACGUUACGUCUUAUCAUUGGUGGUAGAGUACCUUUACAAGUUGUUCAUUGAGGGAGAUAGCAGAUACAAAGACCUUGACGCCAAGAGAGAAGUGAUGUUAUUAUUAGAGUCUGCAAGGAAGCUUUGCACGGAAGUGUCGAGUUCCACACCGCAACAAGCGUCGAGUUCCACACCGCAGCUCUACCUACUUAAACAGCUUGUCAAGCGGUAUGGCUUGGACUGUGUCCGAACUCUGGGUGAAUAUGAGGAAUUGGUGUGGAUUCUACCUCCAGAGGCCAGACAACAGGAGGAGGAUAUAAUCCAAGACAGGUUUAUUGUUCAUGGAGACCAUUAUUGUGUCGUCCGUGAGGGGCUGGCUAAAACUGUCAUCAGUGGGAACAUCCAAGAUGUUGUCACUGCCAUUACGGAAACAAGAUUACAAGAUGUCUCUAAAAAUGUAAUUCUCCUCUUGGUGAUAUACCGUGAAAUAACGAUGGCAAAUAUUUCUCUAGCUCAGACACAGAAUUUGUCUAAGGAGGUGAGAGUAAAACUUGAUGAUUUCGUAAGAGAUGGAGGACACCUAAAUGAAACGGCCCGACUUUUUGCCAAGGAACUUCUUGAAAACAAACAGGGUGGAAAUCUUAGGGAACUUGAAAUCUACAAUGAAAAAAGUCCGCAGGAGCACGCCUUGGCAGAAAUUGUGAUCCAUACAGUUGUAGCUUUACAUUGCGUUGGUGCAGCAUCUUUGGCUCAGCCUCUGUAUGCUCUCAUGACUGAUCCAUCGACCAUGAAGAAUUCUUUUUUACCAACAAUACCCGAGGAUAACUAUCUCGAGUGCAUGAAGGCCAUAGCUGAAACUAUGAAUGGCACUGGUUGGGUUGGAGAGUGGUAUGAGUGUGGCAAUUGUAGAUAUGUGUAUUUCAUCGGGGAGUGUACUCAACCAAUGCAGCAGGGCACUUGUCCAGAUUGCGGAAAAGUAUUGGGAGGGGAGCAGCACAGGUUCUUAGGAGAAUGGAGAGUUUCCGAGAAGAAAGACAGGACCAAAACUGGUCAUGCACUCGGAGAACCUGGCUCGAGAUCUACGCACGCAGAACCUCAGAGAGACAUGCCACCGAUAGUGUGCAGUUUACUGAGGAUUAUCAUGCACUCUGCCAUGGUCAUGGGAGGAUCCAGAAAUCCACAGGAAACCGCACAGCUGAUCACACCUUCAUGCUCGUCGCAGUCUGUGGGACAGUUUUUAUGGCAGCACUUGCAGAGAGACCUGGAUGUUCUCAGUAGAGCACUCGGGUGCAGUGUUGAUAACGCAGCUCUGACAGUUCAUCUGGCAUUACAGCGGAUGAUCUCGCUAAAUGGGGGAAAAACUGGAGAUAACCAUGACAUGCGUCUUCAAACCCGGGAAAGUCGCCGCAGCUGGGAGAAAGCUUUUUGCUCUGAGAUUCUUGUUCCUGUUAUCACCCAUCUUGACGAGAAUCUCCAAAACGCCUCAAGACUUUUGAUGGGAGACGAGAGAUUUGGGAAGGAUCCGCUGGUACGUCAACUUUACGAGUUCGAUGAACAGGUGGAAGACUUAUCUCAAGGCGUCAGGCCCAUGUCUCGCACUCUUUGGAGGUACAGACACCAUAUAACUGUUGAGGAACUGAGUAGCUCUUUUCAAAGAGAAGUCCUUUCUGGUGGCGGAGAGGAAUUCAAAGUGUUGGACGCUUUCCUCAAACAGGAACACAAGUUGCGUUUCGUUCAGUUUCUGCCCGAUGUUGUUCGCCUUCAGCGUCUAUUGAUGGACAGAUUCCACCGACGAAUUGAUAGAACAGAUGCUGAGAAUUAUACCGUCCGUGAGUUUCUCAAGGACCUUCCAACAGGAUCUGUGAAAAACGAGUAUAGGAACCUGUUCCAGAGUUUCAAGAAUGCAUGGAAUGCUUGCAAGUCAUUUCUCGGUGAUCAAGGUCGCCUGCGCGUCCCACAAGACCUUUGUAACACCACAAUGGACAACGACUGUCCAAUUGCGAUGGUUCUCCCCUGCACCACCGGAAUGGGAGUUUGUUCGACCUCGCUUACCUUCUUCCUGGUCAAUGCAAAUAACGAGUCUCUGGGAGCCUACCGUAGUGCAACUAAUCAAGAUAGUCCCUUGGAGCGUGUCUCCGUAUCAGAGGUGACCUUGUCGCACUUAAUAGCCUAUGAUCCUGAGAGAGACCUGCUUCCCCUCAUCCUGGCUCAUUGUAACUACUCUCUGGAGGUGGGAAAGGAGACCUUAGUUCACUAUGAUUGGGCGGCUUUGGAGAGACAGCUGAUUGACAGGUUGUUGAGGGGAAGGCCUUUUGUCGAGUUCAAGGACGAACGUUUUGCGUUCAGCCGAGACACCCGAGAUGACGCAGUUUUCACUUCCCUCACUGGAAAAAUUCCUCAGGAAUCCAUUUCCCGCGUCAUCGAAAGUCAGAUUAUUAAUGAUCUGCGGUCUUCCUUGUCUGAUGUCUGUGAUGUUAUGUCGUCACUGGAUAUUGCCAUUGGUUUUCUUGCCUCAUCGGGUGGUCAGCCGGAGAGGCCUUUAAAAUGGUAUUUACAUGAGGUACUUAAGCUACCCAAAGAUCGAGGUCUCAAGAGUGCAACAGCAGAACAGCACUGCAGUUUGUCCCAUACCCUGGCACUGUGGCGGCUUAUGGCUCUCGAGAGAGCAAAAAUAAAGUCCAGGAAUAAACAGGAGCCGUUUGAGCAAUUACCAGACGUUUUCAAGGAAAAACUUCGCUCAAGCGAAAAGGGCAGCCUAAAUAGCGUCUUGCGAAAAAUCGAUAUGGACAUAUUUCUGCCGCAGCUCCUGCAGAUUAUUCUUCUGAAUGUCAAAAAAGAUGGCGAAACGAUUUCGACGAUGAUCUUUGAAGAUUACUUGGAAUGUUGUUUAGCCGACAAAGGCUUGGAACCAAUCCCAGGAACAGAGAACAUCCCGGAAAGCAUCAAAAUGAUGCACUUAAAGGACGUUUGGAACUCCGCUGUCCAGCUAAGUGACGACUUCCACAAAGAUCGUCAAGCAGUUUAA